UAUUUAUUUAUCUAUAUUUUAAUAUUUUUUUUAAGAAAACAGUUUUUUGAUGUGGGGAUCCUAAAGGGGUUUAAUGGAUUUGCAAGUAGUGAUAAUGUAUAUUUAUUUUCUUUAUCAAGUCAGUGAACAUUGGUUCUUAGAGUAGUCAUUACAUUCAUGUAUCUGCUUUAUGUGAUCUUAAUAAUUAAAGUAGUGUAGAAUAUGGGUCCAGGGUCCUCAUGAUGAUAUGAAUAUUGGCAGCAGAAGGGACAUGUUUCUUCAUCCCUCUCCUUUGAGUUCCCUAUCUGUGGCAUGGCAGCAAUGGUAACUUGUGUUACAAAUACUGAGCUUUCUGCUGAGCAAAUAAGCCAUGAAUUAGUUGCCGGGGAUGGGGCAGUGAAGGUGCUGUGGUGAAUUAUGACUUAGUAGGAUAAAUGCAUAUUCAAAGAGCUGCAUAAGCUUUUGAAAUUGUUGGAAAACAUACUCUGGGAUUUAGUAAGUCUUCCUUGCUGCUGAGAGAUGGAUUACUUCUAAGAGCAAUUCCCACAAAUCUAAAUCAACGCUAUACCAGAAUUCCUGCAAUUUUUGGACAUCUGGCGAGGGUGUGGAUAACUGAAAGAGUGUAAAGGAAUAUAAAUCCUUCAGUAGAGUUGGCCAUUUGUCAGUACUGAGGCUUUGGGUAUUCACACAGCUCUAGAAAUUGACAACUGAAAUUCACAGAAACAGUUACUUCUUCUCCCAUCUUUUAUGGAAGAAUCCAUAAAAGUUAAUAAGUGACUUUAUCUAGUGGAGGUCUCUCAGCUGUCUGUCUGCAGAUGAGUAUAUAUUCUAGUGUCUGGCUAAAAGGAAGUUUGAUGGUAUUAGAAAACUUUUUGUAAAGGGUUAGGUGCAUGAUGAGACCACAGAUCUGCACUUUUGGUCUAUUUUGCAUGAGAUAGUCAUGAAAUCAGUGGCUGACAUCAGUUAACGUGAGUUAGUUUGAUCCCUGGCUUAAUCUCUGUAUAAUGUGCUGUAUUAUUUGUCUAUUGCAGAGUGAGGGAAGGGACAAGAACUGUUUCUUCAUGUCCCAGUUUCCUUCUUUCUCCUAGCUCUGGAAAUUGGUAUUGUCUAAUUGUGUACAUAUUAGACUUUUUGGAUGAUGAUGAAAAGCAUUUCUUUGGUUAGCUGUAAUGGUUGUAGUUGGCAUCUACACAGCUCAUGCAUUUGAACAAUGGCUUAAUUUUGUUUUACUGAAUUUUAGAUUUGGUAUUCUAGAGUAAUCACUUUCUUUCAUCUUUCACCUAUCCUCUUGCUAUGGCCCUGCCCGUAAUUACUCCUGAUCUAGCAGAAUCUACCAAGCACCUUUGGAUUCCUUUGUCCAGGGAAUAAGGGUAAGGAAGACUCAAACCAGCAUUUGAUCUUGAAUUUUUGUCAGAUAGAUGAUUCUUUAUUUCUGUUUGAGAGAUCAUUUCUUCAACAUUACAUGAUCUCCUUCCUUAUCUGUAAUCACUAAAAAAAGAUGAAGGAGCUGGCCCCAUGUCCUGUGUUGUGCAGUUCUUUACCUUUUAAUUAUAGUAUCUUAAUAAAUGUAGUUUCUUCACACUGUGUUGUUUGUAGUGCUAAGAAAGAAAAGCUUAAAUUAAGACUAUAAAAUUUUUCAUAAAGCCAGGAAGCUUCUUUUUAAUAUAUUUCAUGCUAUUACAUAGGAUUUUAACAAGUAAACUGUAAUUAUGAAUCAACAAGGAGUGUCCAUGAUAAUAUUUGGCAACUACUGCAGAGUCCUGGUUUUAAUCUCUACUUGACUCUCUGCUUUAGAUGGCGACGAUUUAUUUGAAAUGAGUCUGGUUUGCAUACCAGAUUUCACCAUUCAAAACUAAAGCCUUUUCUGUAGUGUGUCUGCUCUGCCUGAUCAAGAACUACUCAAAACAUCCCAGUGCAAAGAACAUAUAUUAAUGAGUGAGAGAAAUAAGUCUGGAACUAUCUUUCUGACUGCCAAAUAUGUUCUUUCGAGCAUUCUUCCUAUAUCAGGUUUAUAAAGUUUCAAUUUAUUAGCUAUUGAAAGUAAGUAAAAAAUCCUUUCAGUUGAUACAGCUAUCAUAUUAAAGACUGUAUAAGACAGUAAAACGCGAUUCUGCUGUGCUGUGCAAAGUUGAGUUACGGUUUUAGGCAACAAAGCAUUAAGUUAAGGGUCAGCAAGGCACUGAUACUGGCUAAGGAAAGAUUUUGUUCAGGAGGUACUUAAAAAUGUAGGUAUUCAUUAUAUUUUCCAAUUUCAGAUGGGACAGAGGGUCACAGAUGUUUUCUUGUUUAUAGCCUGUAAACUGUGCUAUGGUAUCUUUUUAAGACACUCUGAGUAUAGCUUCUUAAGAGCAAGAAGGAGCUACCUCUGAAAUUUUCUUGGAAAGUUUAUUUGCCACAAGAUAAAAUUACAAAUGGAUGCAAACCAUACAUAUUUUACCAUGGCAAAUUUCUGUCUUCUUCUGUCCUGUUUCUGGCAUACAAAGGUAACUUUGGUUUUUAAUAUCCUACACAGACUUUGUUUUUUGCUGAUCAGUACUCUCUUUCUCUAGCCAGUUAGUAUUAGCUGGUUCUCUAUUCCAGCUCCAGUUGAUUUGAAAUGGUACAAGCUUGGAAGGGACUUCUGCUUUUGGAAGUCAAGCUUCCUUGAAUAUAGAGGUACAUAAUAGAUCUUCAUGAUCUGAUUUUUAAUGAAAUACUCUUUUGUAUAUGUUAUGUCAACAGUAUUUUUUUUGUUGUUUUUUUCUUAUGUUCUUGACUAUUGUUUUGGUAGCAAAAGACUGUAGCCUGAUGAAACAGAAGAUUUUAUAUAGACACAUUUUGAUAAAAAUAUAUGCAUCUAUAAUGUUUGUAGUAGCUUGCAAUUUACUGUGCAUGCUUUUUGUUUUGGAGUUUCAGUGUUGGGAUGCUUUCAGAUAAGUUUUUUGAGGUAAAAUUCCUCUUUGGAGAGUAGGCAAUAUGCAAAGGAAAUAGAAAUAGGAAUUGGUUACUUUUUAAUUAACUUGACAUUUUCAAACUCUUUUCCCCUCUGUGCUUCUCUUUUUAUUUCAUAGGUGCACAUGCACAAUUCUCAGGCUACAGUUAGUAAAUUUCUGUCAUUAAUUUUAAUUUAAGAUUUUAGUUUAUUGGCAAAAACUUGUUCUGACUGUGUAAACAAAACAGGAGGAUCCCCAGGCUUAAGAUAUAACAAGGGAUUUAAGCAUUUACAUGAGUGUUUUCAAAAGAGGCAGUAGUGAUUUGGCCAGCUAUGUUUCCUCAAGUGUGAAAGACAAAGGUCUUUUAAGUAUGUUUUAAAUUAAAAGAUUCUUUCUAAUCAAAAUGCUUAACAAUAACUGCUGCAUAGCAAGUAGCUAUGGUUAAUUCUCUUCCAGUGUGCAGGAAAGGGUAUGUCAUAGUUGUUUGAGUGACAGACAGAGUUUAAACAAUAUAGGAAGAGGUAGAAUUUUAGAACCCUUUCCCUUGCUGAGGCAUUUGUACUGAUUUACAGUAAAGAAACCAAAAGAACUUCCUACUGAUGAAGAAAUAAAACCUUAACUAGAAUAAACCUACCAAUCUCAGCAUGUGCUGAUCACAUCCCAUAUACAGCUGGGAUUUCAGGAGAAAGGCCAGCACAAUGGCUGACAAAUCAUUGAAACCAACAAACUCCCACGAGGGAGCUGGGGCAGGAGAACUAAGUGCUCUGGAAGAAGCCUUUAGAAAAUUUGCCGUGCAUGGUGAUACAAGAGCCACGGGAAAAGAAAUGCAUGGGAAGAACUGGUCAAAGCUAUGUAAGGACUGCAAUAUCAUAGAUGGGAAGAAUGUGACAACCACAGAUGUUGACAUCGUCUUCAGCAAAAUCAAGGGAAAGUCUGUAAGAACUAUUACUUUUGAGCAGUUUAAGGAAGCUCUUCAAGAACUCUCCAAGAAGCGGUUUAAAGGCAAAAGUGAUGAGGAAGCACUUCAAGAAAUGUAUAAACUAAUUGAAGGAAAAGGCCCAGGUUUAACUGGAGUAACGAAAACUGUUGCAUCUCCAACUGUUUCACGCCUUACAGAUACUUCAAAAUUCACCGGUUCUCACAAAGAGAGGUUUGAUGCCAGUGGGAAAGGAAAAGGCAGAGCUGGCCGAGAAGAUCUGGUGGAUAACUCAGGAUAUGUAUCUGGUUAUAAGCAUGCAGGCACAUACGAUCAUAAAGUACAAGGAAACAAGUAAGGCUGAGGGUUUACAGCACAGAGGGGGAUAGAGUAUAUAUUUGUAAGGAUGAUGUUAUGAAUCCCACAUGUUUUGGUUUUUGUGAAUGUUGAGACUAUGUUGUCAAGAAGUUGUCUUCAGGAACUGGAACUGAUUUCAACAUCUGCUGAGCUACUUGCAGCACAAUGCCACUUCAUUACAUUCCUCAUGCAUAUAUUGGCAAAAAUAAAUAAAUAUGUAGGUAUGAAAAAUACAUCAUUUUGUUGAGCUUUAGGAAAAAAAAAACCCAAACCAACAAACAACAAAGCCAAAGUCAAGAGCGGUUAUACU